AUGACUCCCGUCAUGCUGCUGGCUUUGCUACGUGCUUGGACGGCUUCAGGCCUUUGUCAAACACCCUCGGCCUACGUGCUUGCACGACAGAUCGGGAGCACGUACAAACCAGUCUCGAAAGUCCUGAAGCAGCUUCUCGACUUGGAAGCCACUGCGGGUAAAGACUACAGCGAGUCCCUGAAGCUGCGUGGCUACGUGGAAGUGGAUGCCACGAGCGUUCGGUGCAUCCGCGUCUACCACUGCAGCGUUCGCUUCCAGUCCCUGAUCCAAGAAUGGAUCGCCAGGCAUCCGAAUCAACGGAAACCGCCCUGGUGGUUGCUUUACUUUCGGAUCCUGGGAGCUGCUCAACGAGGUGACGCAAGCAAGAUGGUGAUCUGCCCUGCUCCCUUGAAGCUUGUGCCUGCGGGCGGUAAACCGCCUCCUGAAGCAACAGAUGAGAUACUGCAAAGUGGGAUUCUCACGUCCGUUGCUCGCAAUAGCACUUUGUUCGCAGAUGGAUGCAAAAGCUGGUCCGCGGCGGCGCGAGGCGUGUCGCACGGCGGACGCGUCUUGCAUGUGUCCCACUCGAAAAACCAGUUUGUGCAGCGGUCCGAGGACUGCAACAGGAUCCUCGGAACGCAGCUCUUGGACAGGAACUGGGGACACCUGAAAACAGCGGUGCCAGCCCAAGCAAAGAGCCGAAAGCUCGAUGACGAGGGCUCGCAUCCGCAAGUUUACAGCUACGUGUGGCAAGCUCUGUGGCGAAAAGCCACAGGACAUGCAAACCUCUUGUGCGAGUUAGGACAACUGGCGAGGGCGGCCUGA